AUGGCACAGUUUGCACAAGCUACUCAAGAACCAUGGGUUCUUCUAGGGGAUUUGAAUGACAUAAUGGAGGAAAAUGAGAAGAAGGGGGGAGCUCCUUGUAACUUUCGAAAGUGUGAAUUAUUUGCAGAAAGAGUUAGUAAUUGUAACUUGUUGGAUUUGGGUGCUUUUGGUAACAGAUUUACUUGGAAAGGGCCUCUUAUAUCUGGUUAUGAGAGAGUGUACGAGAGGCUGGACAUGGGACUAUGUAAUACUAGUUGGAGGUGUCUCUUUCAAAAUGCUAUUGUGAAAAAUCUUGCUAGAUUAAGCUGCUCAGAUCAUAAUCCCCUCCUUCUUUGUUCUAAUGAUAGAGGGUAUGGGUUUGGUCUGCGACCGUUUAGAUUUGAAGCAAUGUGGUUGAUGCAUUCAGAGUUUGAUGCCAUGCUGAGAGGUUGCUGGAAAGAGGAAGGGGGUUUGACGAAUAAAUUGAUGGAUCUUCAACCUAAUUUGCUGCAAUGGAAUAAGGAGGUGUUUCAACAUAUUCAAAUAGAAAGAGGAAAUUAUUGGCAAGAAUAG